AUGGCGGAAGUUGGCACCAGCUCCAGCGGCGAUGGAGAAUCGGCCGCACCGGACAAACCGAAGGGUAGCGGUACGGUAAAGUUCACCGAGGCGGACCUGGCCGCUAUCAAACAGACGAGCGAUACGCUAAAGCGUAACCCAAAGAUGGAUUUCAGCAAAGCGGAUCUGCUGAAGCUGCUCAGCUAUCUCGAGGGUGAACUGCAGGCUCGCGAUGUUGUAAUUGCUGUGCUCAAGACGGAAAAGAUUAAACAGCUGCUAACCACACCCCGGUACGGCAAAGCGACCAACCUAAACGAUCCGCACGCAGCACUAUUUCGCGACCAGCUGGCCGCCAGCGGUAACAUUGCAAGCCGCCAGUCCUCCAUACAGGCGGCCCAUUCCGAGCACGAAAUGCGCCUCAUGAACGAUCAGCGUAGCGGGGUACGCGAACAGAUGGAUUCACUGGCCACGCUAGUGAUGCAGCAACGUCAGGCGCAGGCCAAAAUGAUCGAAGCGUUGAAAGAUGCGGAAGAGCGUCACAAGCGGGUGGUGCAGGAGCUGUACGAUGAGCGCCGUAAGCACGAACAUACGACCGCCCAGGGCGAUGACAUUACGUACGGGUUGGAGAUUGAACGCUCCCGGUUGAAGCAAGAACUAGACCACGAGAAGGAACAGCACAAAGUGCUGGAGAUUGAGCUGAAAAAGGUACAAGAGCAGUUCGAGGCGGAAAAGAAUCGCCAGAAGCAGAUCGUACUGUUGCUGCUGGCGGAGCGCAAGAAAAUCAUUAUUAAAUACAUCGAGGAGCGCAAGCGGAGUGAAGAUUUGGCCCAAAUAUUGUCGGAGGAAAAGCAACGCGUUGACACGAUUGCCGAAGGUUUGGAGGAGGAAAGCAAAAAGUCCCUCCGCAUGGAAGCGGAGUUGGAGAAGCAGGCGCAACAGUUUGAAAUAGAACGGAAAAUGUUACACCAGACUCUGGCGAAGGAGGAAAAACGGGUAAAGGAUCAGGAAGUAGAAAUACAGCAGCUGAAGGCGGAAAUUGAAUUGCUUCGUAAGCAAACCGGUAUACGACAUCCGCUAGUAGCACCGCAGCUACCGACAAAACCGGGUGGUCUCGUACCCUCCCGACCAUCGAUCGGUGGAACGCCCGGCGGUGGAGUUGCCGCUGGUGUAGCUAGUCCAUCAUCAGUUGGAGCAACUGUCACUUCCGGAUCCAUAGGUAUACCGGGACAAAUGAUAAGUAGCAUGGCAACGAAAGUUGUACAACCGACCGCAACCGUAUCGAGCGUUCCCGUUUCAGCACCAACGACCGGAAUUGCGCGAUCAGUUUCACCGGGUCAGCUCAUAAGACAGACGGCCAUUUCGCAACUUUCGGUUACUUCGCCUCCGAUUGUCGGUGCCGGCACAGGAGCUGGAGGAAUUGGAUCAACGGCUACGCUUGCAGCGGGCACAACCUCAGACACAUACGCAAACACACCAACGGGGAAGAUGGCGAGCACGGGCGUACGUAAAGCGGCCGGUAUUGCAGCGGCAACGGUAAUCAGCGGUGGAGGAUCGCCCGGUGCGGGCGGUGCAUCGCCGGGAGCGACCGGUUCGACGGCAACAAUCAAGAAGACAAUACUACUGCCGGUUGGUGGGCGCGGUGUCCCACCUCCGAUACCACCCAACAAGCCCCAGAUACCACCGAAACUGUCCGGUGUGUCGGCAGUGGCUGCCGUUGCAGCUGGUGCCGUAUCGUCCCGCAUUCCUUUUCUCAGUAACAGCAGCAGCAGCAGCAGCAGUGGAAGUAGUACCGGAUCGAUCAACAGCACCGGUGGAAAUGGGAGCAUCACGACGACCCCUGUUAGUCCCGUGGGGAGUAGUAUCAGCAGUAAUGCACUCGGUAGCACGGCCAUUGCUAGCAACAGUCCGUCUGGCAACAGUAGUAGUAACAGUGUAGCAAACAGUGGCAACAUUAACAGCAAUAGUGUGCUACAAUCAUGCCCACCAAACACCACCAACAGCACCAUCACCACCACCACCACCAUGAACAUAAACACUACCCCACUGAGCAGCACCAAUAAUGCCGCCAAUGCGCCAAACGCCUUACAGCAGCAACAUCAUUCUCAUCCCGUACCGCCGCUCUACACGCACCAUCCGCAUCAUGUAUCACAUCUAUCGCAUGUUGCCAGUGCCGGCGGGUCCCCAGCAGCAACAGCAGCCGCGUCCGCAGCCACCGCCACAGCCAGCCCUGUCCAACAGCAAAGUCUUACGCCGACAGCCUCAUCUGCCGCAUCCGUAUCAUCAGCCGCCACCGGUGGGUCAUCCGAAAUAUUGACCGGUUGCGAAGGUGGGAUAGUGUAA